GUGUUCGGUUCGUCGAAUGUUGAUUUGAGGUUUGGAGUUGGAUUUUUUUUGUUUAUUUAUUUUGAUCAUUGUCGAUUGAGAAAACCAACAUCGGAAUUUAUUCAUCGACAAAAUGCCACAAAACGAACAUAUUGAAUUAUUUAAUAAACGUUAUGGUCGUCGAUUAGAUUAUGAAGAACGUAAACGUAAAAAAGAAGCUCGUCGUGUACGAGAAAUAUCAUCAAAAGCUAAAAAACUUCGUGGUAUUAAAGCUAAAAUUUAUAAUCGUCAACGAUUUACCGAAAAAGUUCAGAUGAAAAAAACGAUGAAAAAACAUGAAGAAAAAGAAAGUAAAAAAAGGGAAACUCCUGUUGAUGAUGGAACAGCAUUACCACAUUAUCUAUUGGAACGUGAAAAUCAAACUCGUGCUAAAGUUUUAUCCAAUAUGAUCAAACAAAAACGUAAAGAUAAAGCAGGUAAAUGGGAAGUUCCGAUUCCUAAGGUGAAAGCUGUUUCAGAUUUUGAAGUAUUCAAAACAAUUGAAACUGGUAAACGAAAGAAAAAAUCCUGGAAACGAAUGGUAACAAAAGUAUGUUUUGUUGGUGAUGGAUUUACACGUAAACCACCAAAAUUUGAAAGAUUCAUACGACCAAUGGCAUUAAGAUUUAAAACAGCACAUGUAACACAUCCCGAAUUGAAUACAACAUUUAAUUUACCAAUAAUUGGUGUGAAAAAAAAUCCAAGCAGUCCAAUGUAUACAUCAUUAGGUGUUAUAACCAAAGGUACGGUUAUUGAAAUUAAUAUUAGUGAACUUGGUCUUGUUACACAAUCGGGUAAAGUUGUUUGGGGAAAAUAUGCACAAGUAACGAAUAAUCCUGAAAAUGAUGGUUGUAUUAAUGCUGUUCUUAUUGUAUAAAAUUUUGUUUAUUUAAAAUGAUUUUUUUAAAAAAAU